GGAGAGGAACAGACCGGAGCUCAUGGUCCCCGCCUGGCCUUGACCGCCACUAUGGACGCCGUACCGGCCUUCGCGGUUCCUCUUGACCUACACACCGUCGCGGAGUCCGUCGAUGAUGUGCAUAUGAUGGAAGAUGGAUCCGUGGACCUCAGCAGCCUGCGGGAGGAAGACUUCGAGCAUCUGGCGGUGUACCAAGUACGAGACCAGCCAUGCGAGGAAGGACAGACCAACAGGGCCGAGGCCUCCCUGCCCAGAAACCUGCUGCUCAAGCCCUCGCAGACACUCAGCGACGUGCUGGGUGUCUGGAGCACGGACUACAUCCCACGGGGGACGCGCUUCGGUCCCCUGACGGGAGAAAUUUACCAGAAGGACGCGGUGCCGGCGAACGCCAACCGCAAGUACUUCUGGCGGGUGUACGAUGGGUCCGAGUCCUUCUACUACGUAGACGGCUUCGACGUCAGCAAGGCCAAUUGGAUGCGCUACGUGAACCCGGCUUACUCGAGCGAGAACCAGAACCUGGUAGCUUGCCAGGUCAAGCAGGACAUCUACUUCUAUACCAUCAAGCCCAUCUACCCCAACCAGGAGCUCCUGGUCUGGUACUGCCGGGAGUUUGCGGAGCGGCUCAGCUACCCUGUCACUGGAGAGCUCAUGCUCCAGAGGAUACGAGAGCAACUGCAGCCCGCGGACAAAGACGACUCCUACUACUCCCGGCCGCACCAGCUGACGCCGCCCGAGGGCAGCACUCGCAGCGACGAGGGCUACCACAGCAAUGGCGGGCCCGAGGACGGGCUCACGCCCCCCGAGGACAGCAGCGACAGCGACAGCGAAAACUACGUGCUCGACUUCAGUGUCAACGCCAAGCGAAAGCAGCCCGCAAGUGGCGCCGGAGCGGACAAGGCGGAAGCUGACAAGCGAGAGGACAAGCGCGAGUCGGCCGCUGUCGCUGCGGAACAGCCGGAGAAACCGCCGCAGAAUGAGUUUCGGAAGGUCAAGAUCAAGAUGCCCAAGGCGUACCACUACCGCAGUGGCGGCGGCGCGGGUGCCUCCACGACGCCACCUCCGGCGGUUACGACCACCAAUGAGAACCCGAGCCCCAACAGCACCAGCUCUCCGGGCGGUGGUGCGCACAAGGAGGACGAGAAGCGACCGGGUGGACUGCGUGAGCCAGGGAGUCCCAAGUAUCCCAGCGUGCCCCGGUUUACUGAGGACGUUCUGGAACGCAGCGCUAGCUCGGCCUUUUCUACCUACGAGGGCAUGGGCCAGAGGAUCUCCCCGCAGAGUCCCAAGGGUCCUCCGGCUCCCGGCAUCCUCGAGAACCUCCUUCUGCAGCGGUACCAGGAUCGCGGCGCAGCCGACGGCAGCCCUGCGCUGCGCAGAGAAUCGCUCAAGGAGCCUGUGCGUGUCAUCGUGUCGAACGAGGUGUCGCCGCCCGCCGCUCCCGACUCGAACACAUCGGGCGAGGGUAACCACCCGCCGCUCAUCUUCCCGCAUAAGAAGAGCAUACGCUUCUUACCGAGUGGAAACAGCCCCGAGAUGCACAGUCCCGACUCGACGGACAAAGCGCACCAGCAGCCCGCAGUGUCUUCGGCUGUGGGCCCAGGGUACGGCGUGCCUGGCACUGUGCCGGCCAACUAUCUCUACAUGAACGGCAUUGCGCCUAUGUUUUCGCCGGCCCACUUCAACAUGUACGCGUACUCCGUGCCCGAGACUGUGCAUUCGUCGCUGGCGUCUCCAUCAGCGGGGAUGUCGCCCUACCCGAAGUUACCCGAGUUUGGCGGCGGCCACCACGCGCCGCAUCAUCCGAUGCUGCCAUUACCCGUGGACAAACCGUCCGGCAGCAAUUCGCCGGGGGCCAACCGACCAUACUCCCCCGGCAGCAAUCCGAGGGGUUACCGCUCUCUUCCAUACCCGCUCAAGAAGAAGGACGGCAAGAUGCAUUACGAGUGCAACAUCUGCUACAAGACGUUUGGGCAACUUUCUAACCUAAAGGUGCACUUACGUACACAUUCCGGCGAGCGACCCUUCACGUGUUCCGUCUGCGGCAAGACGUUCACGCAGCUGGCUCAUCUUCAGAAACACCAUCUCGUCCACACGGGUGAGAAGCCGCACCAGUGCGACGUCUGCAAGAAGCGGUUCAGCAGCACCAGCAACCUCAAGACGCACCUGCGGUUACACUCUGGCCAGAAACCCUACGCGUGCGAUCUUUGCCCGGCCAAGUUUACGCAGUUCGUGCAUCUCAAGCUGCACAAGCGGCUUCACACAAAUGAGCGACCGUACACGUGCCAGACGUGCAAAAAGAAGUACAUAAGCGCUUCCGGCCUGAGGACCCACUGGAAAACCACGUCCUGCCAGCCCAACAUGGUUCUUGACAUGGAGCUGGACAAGAGCUCCAACGGCUACGACUACUCCCAGAUGGACCUACCGUCGCCGACGGGGGUCGACCCUUCCAGGCACCACGGCAUGUCUCUGGGGCUCCUGGGGCCCGGUAGUCCCGAGGAGGAGGACUACCCGCAUCACAUGCUCCACCAUCAGGGCACCAGGGACGACUACCCGCCGUUCGUCAGGACGCACCUCGAGCCCAAGUCGACUUCGAGUAGCGGGCCUUCGUCUCCUGACGACGACCUCUCCAAGAAGUGCCACCCGACGCCGGACAGAGACAAAGAGUGACGCGCAAUGGUGCCGCUGUUCGCGCAGACUCUGUACAGGAAAUCUCGCGCCAGGUGCACGGUUCGUACGCGCCCCUUCUUUCGCCGGUCUUCCAAAGACCUUAUUUAUUUAUCGCGCGACUGCGAAGGAGAGGUCUGCAGGCCGGUCCAUUUCCAUCGACCCCACCAUACACGCACACACACAAACAUUCCAGGCGCGUGCCCCUUCCCUUGGCCCCUCUGGCAACCGCAGCUAGCCGCCGGUCGGUUGGCGCGUGUCUUCCCCUGGAAACCCACCGAAAUAUUGACGGGAAGCGCUGAACAUCCGCCACGAGCGACACCUGUCACCGACGAGCGAAAGGAGCGAUUGCACUGCGUGCACAAGGCUUGAUGGCGAGUGCACCCCGUGUACUCGUCAUCCAGACCGGCUCUUGGUAAUGCGCUAAAAAGGAAUGCUAAUUUUGUAACUAAACGAACAAUUUGUUUCAAGACUCAUUGAUUAGGGCGUGAUAUUCUUUGAACUGAUAUUGGUACUAUAGCCUCGAGAUUUGAGCAAGUGAGGUACCAAAAAUCAGAACGGAAGCUGUUUUGAUGUUGUCUUCCGAACCUGCCUUUUUUUUAAAUCAAAUCCCUGCGCAAGUAUUGCUUUUUGAUCUGAUUGUGCACUUUACUAUUUACCUACGAUCUCAUCAUAAACAAAAAGUUCUUCCGUCGGUAGAAGUUUUAAAAAUGGAUCAGGAAUUUGAUUAUAAAAUGGCAGACGGGGACACACAAUGCGAAGCAGUCGAAAUUUUGAAUUUAAAGCUUUGUAAGCAGUUUAUGUUCAAUAUUAGCUUCCAAUUAUGCGUCUACACCGCAAACGCGAUAUCCUUUUUAGCGCAUACAUGCUCAUAUCGGUGAGAAAAAACAUAGUGACCGCGACGGAUGCUCGCUUAAUUGGAAAUUACGCGAUUUGGUCAGGGAUAAUUCAUCGAGUGCUUAAAAUUGUUUCACCUAUAUAUUUCACGAAGUUUACGAGAUAGCUGUCGUUACUGCCAACGAGUACAUAGGGAAUUUUUACAUAAGUUAAUUAGCCUUGCGCGCCAUUUACAACAGGCUCUUUUUUGAGCAACAUCGGAAGCUAAUGUUAAGAAAAAAGAAGUACCGCACCUUUUAUUACAGUUGUGCAGUGCUUCACAUUGCCGUUUUGGUCGGGUGUACAUUAUUCCAUCUUUUUAAGCGCCUCUCUCAUUGCACGGGAAGAAAAAAAAAACACGUAGUAUUUAUUUCACAGAGCUUGUACAUAGCUAAUCAAAAGCAUCCUCGACAAUGGUGCGCAAAUUUCCCACGAACUUGGCGAAAAUUGUGUUGUGACAAGUAUCAUUCAACAUUCCCUCGCGAGGGUGAAGAAGGCACGCCAUUUUUUCUUGGAGCUGACGAUCCUUUGAUAGGCCCUCGGCCACCACGAUACCCUGCUUGUGCCAGGAUAAAAAGAAAUGUGGGUUAAAUAUUUAUCUUCCGUGAAAUCGUCAGGACGUUGCCUUCGUGGCGUUUUACUUUUUCAUAAAGUAUAGAAUAAUAUAAAAGAUGAAUAUAUAUGUCACCGCGUUCGACACAGGUACACACUGUUACUCUAAGCCCUCCUCUAUAUUUCAGUUCCAGACACGCGCCUGACAUGUCUCCACAACUUGGACCACUCAAAACCCUCAUUGUUGCAUCGUGACUCGGGCAAUCCCACACAGUCUUCAUAGCGCCGCACGUGUCUAACACAUAAGGUGUUUGGCCUGUUUUACGGAUUAUAAUUUUACGGUUCUUCAGCGUACAACUAUCGAUCUCGCACAAUUAAGACCUGAGUUACGCGCACAUAAUAUCCGAACAAAAGCUUCAGCUCUCGUGUCGUUUUUCUUCGUUUGUUUUGUGUACGCUGUCGGUCAUAAUAGACCCCUUUCAAAAGUCCAUCAGACAACACUGACGGCUGUCGUAUUUUUUUGGAACCGAGCACGGACUCGUGUUCAGAGCGUGCUGCUCAAUGUGGAUGCCCUGAAAAUAUGGCGACUUAGGAGCGGCUCCUGAAGCGCGCGCACUUUUGAAGGGGGCUAUUGUGCCUCUGGCAAAUCGAUCCUCUCACGCAAAGACGGAAAAACGACGGAAACAAUAACGGAGUGUACCUGCGCCCUCCUUCUCUUACGUCUCCAGAUUAUCUUCGAUGAUCAAUGUUCUAGCUUACGUGUAGCUCGACUACGUAUCUUUAAUACGUUGUUGUGUGCACAGGGACGAAUAUGAGGAAGACGCUUGAGGCCUGUGGAGCAGGAUAUAUUCGUGCUAAGAUACGCUUUCAGCGAAAUAUAAAAACAAGCAUAAAAAAAGCAGGCAGUAUGUCGAGCAUCUUUCAACUUCUUAGAAGACGUCAGGUGCGUGUACUCGUCUGACUGUCAUUGUAAAUUUUAAAAAUUCGAUGACAAAUUAUGCGACGGAUUCUUUGUAAAAAUUGCGAAAGCAAAAUGUUCACGAAUCCUCGGAAAUUUGUAAUUUAAACAUGUGGUGAAAGCUCACGCAGAACUAUCUUUCACGCACACCUCAGUCUCCAUGCACGCUGCAAACUUUCUAAAUGUGGUACUGGUUGUUCUGGUCAUCCUUCGCAACUACCGUGUGGAAUGUUUUGCCUCAAACUACCCUUUGUAGGCUGUCUUCACCUCUACCUCUUGCGAUGUCUAGAUUCCUAGAUUGUGCUCUCAACCAGAUAGCCUUUACGUUUCCCGCCCUCCGUCUCACCUUAGCGUCAGCCGCCUCGCAGGACCAGCCGAGUCAACCGUCUUUCAUUGCGGCUGAUGUCCACCGCAAUAAGGAGUUUUCGUAGAUCGUUUCUGACGUCCCACAAGGCUCUCCGCAACACCCUACGAGAUAAGAAUCUCUGCAGACAAGUCUAGCGGCGCGCAUGCGUAGUAGCAGCAUCCUCGUUGCGCACAGCCUAGCGGACGGAGGAGAGCGGUCUACGAAAAUUUUCCACUCAGAUGUGUAAGCGAGAUUUCGGUUUGUUGGUCGAAAUUCAGAGAGAGAGAGAGAGAGAGAGAGAAUGAACUUCAUUAAAGGACACAAAUUGAGUGUUAAAAAUUAAUAUGAAACAGUUCUUCGCUGGGGCGUGCCAGAUACCCUCUGUAGUUUCGGCUAGUAAACGUGCGAAUUUUCCAUCUUGGCUUGGACUCUGUUAGUUCAGUUUGUCCUGAGGUGAAACGGAGUUUCUGAGUUGUCGAGAGAGUACCCCACUGCCCCAUCCGCCACGGAUUGUUCAAGUCGUUUUGCGGGACCGUGAAGCCGAUUUUUCGCGCCGACGUCUUUGAACGACUCUGGAAGAAUCUUCAAGUUGGCGAAUCGUAGUAUAGCGAUACGGCAAGAUAAAUAACAAAGCUUGAGAAUCGGUAAACUUCGUAACUCGCCGUAAGUCAGGGCGCACAGAAGAGGGACACCCGUUGCAGUCUCUGACAUCCUGAUUUGGCUUGAACCGAAGGUCACAGAUUAGCGUUUGUACUGCACUGGCCAAAUUUCCCAAGUAAAGCGGAGAAAUCGGGCGUCAUUUCAAAAGAUAGGAAAACAUAUCUUAGUUGAACGUUGAUGCUGCACUCGUGUCCAAUCGGUGGUACCCGUGCUCAGAUAAACAGCCGUACAGCAUUGGUCAAAUGUAACAGGGAAAGCGGAUAACUGAGGCGCCGUUUUACAAAACGGAGAAUUGUUACGAGGAUGCAUGAACCUGUGCAGAGUAACAACUCUUCGCAUUUGUGAGCCCAAACAAUUGCGGCGUACUUGAACAAACCGUGACGGUGAGCUGUGUUCUGAAUAGACCCUUUUCAAACGCCCAUCAAGCAACAUUGACGGUUGCCAUUUCUUGGACGCCAAACGUGUGAUUGGAUCCGAGACGUUGCCGAACGCUUACACAGCCUUCGUGUCCAAUACGUGCUCAGAGUUUGUGACCAAGCAAUGACGAGGGCGCGGACUUUUGAAAAUGGUGUAUUGUCGAAUGCGACAUGCUAACCUCUUCGUAGAAACUGAUGAUAUACUUCGCGUCAGUUCUUUAUUUUCUCGCCCAAGAGCAAUCUUCUCCUCCUACUAGUGUACUUCCUUUUCUUUUUCUCUCGUGCCCGUCAAAAGUGUCGAAUGUGGAACAAAGAAAAUAAACGCUGCGUGUCACAAUCCAA